AUGAGUACCGCUGAGCUCGCAGCGCGGCUCUACGAAGCCUGCCUGAGCAAGUUCCCUCCCGACCAUCUCUUUUACCAGCAGGACCUGCUUGGCCUGGGUAUCGUACCUAAGAAUGAUCUCGCGCAGCUGCUCCAGUUGACCCAGACCCUGGUGGACCAGAAACUACUACGCCUUCUACAGGGGAAAAACGACCGAUUAGCUUGGAAGAUCAUCUCGCGGGAGGAUGCAGAGAAGUAUGUAUUCGGAAUUGAGCUACUGCAAAACCUCAACCCUGACGAAAGUCUCGUUUACAAUGUGAUCCAUUCGACAGGCCGCUCCGGCAUUUGGGUCCGGGCGAUACAGAACCGUACGGGUCUGCCCAAGUCAAUCCUGGACCGAUGCCUCAAGGCGCUGGAAGGGAAAAACUACAUCAAAAGCGUGCACAAUGUCAAGUUCCCGACCCGCAAGAUGUACAUGCUCGCGGGGCUUGCCCCCAGCGAGGAUGUGACCGGCGGUGCGUGGUUCACCGACGGCGUGCUAGACGCCAACUUUAUCAACUCCGUCUCCACCUUCAUCGAAUACACCGUGAGUCGCAAAAGCUGGUACGAGGCACCCGCCGUGGAGGUCCAGCGCAACAAGCGCAUCAAGACCGCCGACGGCAGUGCCGCCGCCAAAUUCCCCGACCGUUCCUCCGACCGGCAAUAUCUGCCCUUCCCAGCCGGAUACCAGGGGUACUCGACAGUUGCAACCAUCACGGCCGCGGUCAACGAGAGUGGCAUCACGCCCGUCCGGCUAGGCGAAGAGAGUAUCGUGCAGUUGCUGCAGGUCCUCUGUUUCGACAACAAGCUGGUCUCGUUGAACAACGGGGAGAUGUACCGGUCCAUUAAGAACCCGGAGGCUGUCAAGGCCCAACAGGCACGCAAGCCGGGCCCCAUCGACCCGGACGCCGAUGACGAUGAGCGUCGCCGCCUCGUCUUCAACGGCAUGACCGAGGCCCCCUGCGGCCAGUGUCCUGUCUUCAAGCUGUGCGCCCCCGGCGGCGCUGUCAGCCCGGAAACAUGCGAAUACUUUGACCCCUGGCUAGAGAAGGCCCUAGGCUUCUAG